ACAUAGCAGCAACAACCACACGAGCCAAUUCUCUUUCUCUGCGACAAAAUGGCCGAUUCAACCAUGAAGGAAAGUGUGGCUGUUUUCUUAAAAGGAAUUGACAGAUACAAUCCAGAAAAUCUCUCUUCAUUAGAGCAUUAUGUUCAAAUGCAGGCAAUUGAAAACACAUACAAUUUGGAUGCAAACUUGGCAAUUCUGAAGUUGUAUCAGUUUAACCCCUCCCUUUUCAAGGAGACUGUCACUUGUCAGAUUUUGCUAAAAGCUUUGAUGAAUUUACCACAAACUGAUUUUACAUUAUGCAGAUGUUUAAUCAGUGAAAAUUUUCAUGAGCUGCCGUCAAUAUCAAAAGUAACAGAGCUUUCAAACAAACUUGAAAUGUGUGAAUUUAGGGAGUUCUGGAGGGAGCUAGAAGAAUCAAAAGAAUUAAUUGGAGGCAUAAAAGGAUUUGAAGAAUCAAUAAAAAAAUUUAUUGUUUCUGUGCUGAAUGUCACAUUCCAGUUAAUAGACAAGGUUCAGCUAACAGAAAUGCUCGGAAAUCUAUCAGAUGAAGAUCUUAAAAGGAUGUGCCUGGAACAACAGUGGCAAAUCACCGGCGAUCAGGUUUUCAUUGCAAACCAGGAAGAGCACAUUAAAUCGAAAAACAUCACAGAGAAAAUCACAUUUGAGAACAUGUCCCACAUCAUCAGAAGUUCUACUUGAAGUAUUUCCGGUUCAGAGAAGCCCUUAUGCGCAAUUAUGUAGAGACCUUCGUGGUUACAUUUUUCCAUCUUAUGUAAAUUUCUUCUUUUGAAUUAUGAAAGGUCAUGAUCAUA